CACCAAGCGUCAGCCGGCAGGUGGCUGCAUUCCAGAAACAACUCCCUCUCUCUUCGUUUGGUUUUUCGUUCAACCACCACAGAUGGAGCGCAGAAUGGUUGACAAUGACCGCAGUAAAACCAACGCGGGCUCGCACGCGGGGGCACGCAAGUUUACGCUCUCGUGUUCCCGCUGUAGGGCCUCGAAGCUAAAAUGCGACCGUGCAGAACCCUGUGUGGAGUGCGUCAAGCGUAAGAUCGGUCAUCUUUGUACCAAAGACGAACGGCACCCGAGGGCCAAACGGUCUAAAACCGUGCACCGAGGCAAGACAGCGUCCAAGCAGGAUCUACCACCGAAUAGAGACGGUGAGGUGGAAGCAGAGGAGAUAGCGCAACUCUUGGAGCAUUUCGUCGAAGGAAUUCCUCGACCGAAGUCUAUGGCGACAAAACCGUUGUCAGUCGCACCAGAUUUUCCGAAUCGAUACUGGUCCAGUACAGACCUUAAGCGACACGGUGAAAAGCUCGCCUUGAUCCGAGAGAUUGUCGAUAUUUUGCCGGAGUGGGAGGUGAUCCAUCUCCUUUUGGAAGUAUUCGUCACUCGCUGUCAGGGCCCUUUGGGGAAUGUGGUGCAUACUCCGACAUUCAUAGCGCAAGCUGCACAGUUCGGCACCUGCUUGAGUCUGACUUCACCCGACGAACAGGUUUCUGCGAUAGCCAGUGCAGUCACGAUGGAGACACUGGGCUGUUACCUCUUAGCGCUCGUCCUCGGUCUUGCUUUUCACCCUACGCCGUCAAUACUGGGAUGGAGUUCUACGCCAUUAGCUCUACGCGUGGAGGAGUUACGAUCGUCCGAAUUGCGCGCCAAGACAUGGAGGGCUCUAGGCUUGCGUUGUCUGCAGGACGGUGUGUCUUUCUUCUGUGGUUCAAUCGCCGGGUUACAGGCCGCAGUUAUGCUUCUACUCGACGGCCAAGAGGGCUCGUUGGCGCUGGAUGCGGUUUUGGUCACUGCGAUUUCGGGAGCUCGCAGACUCGGGCUGCAUCGGCUGGGGGACAUCAAGUUGUUGCAUGCGUCUGCAUCAUAUUCUGCACGCCCUGAAAAUGGCACAACAACACCGGCAGAACCGCCACAUAUCCGAGUAGAACUCGGGGUUCGUAUAUGGUGGGCAUUGGUCCAAAGGGAUUGGUCCCGCGGACAAGCCCUCGGCUACUACACCAUUCAGCCAUCACAAUUCAGCACCCGGAUGCCGUUGCACGUGAAUGAUGAUGAUCUCUCUCUACCAACUUCACAAUUAGAUGGCAAUGGACACAUCGCAGAGCGACCUCGAUCCGAGUUUACAAUGAUGUCGUAUACUCUCCACGCCCUGGAAGUCGGCGGGAUUGUCCGCGAAUCCAUCGAGUUAUGGGGUUUACCAACACAUGAGGCCGACUUGACCACCAAAUCUGCCAAAUCGCGCCAGAAUCUCACCAACAAGUAUGAAAAGUACGUUGCUGGUCUGCCGGCGUAUUUCCGAUUGGGAAGCACGGUCGGACUUACCGCCACCGGGGGUCCCAUGGCGGCGAUCCCCGUGCAACGCUGGAUGCUGCAUCAGCAACUGUGGAGCUUACUGCUUCGACUACAUCGACCCAACCUCUCAUCGCCAGUCGGCCGUCCUUUCUGUCAGCUUUUGGCCCAGAAUAUCAUCGGCACCCAAGGUCAGAUCCAGGCGCGGUGUACCGUGUGUGGCUCGCUGUCGACCAGUGAGAUACAGCUCUUCAAUGCGGCCGUGGUGUUGCUCCUCGAUCUGCUCUUCACCUCUAAACCCGGGGAUGAUGUAGAUAGUGCCAGUGCACAGCACCUUAGCCGACUGAUGACUCGCGACAAGAUUCGGGAAGCGAUGGAAUUGCUACGAGUCGAAAAUGUCAAGAAAGGGCCAUCGAUAUCCCACAAUCCGCAUUGGGAGUCAGAGAUCGACGGGUCCGCUCAGCGCUGCGUCGUUGCUCUGGAAGCCUUGAUGAAGAUCGAUGAAGACGACGGUCUCGAUAAAGAUGACAGUGCUGCGGCCGGAGGUCAUGGCGGCAAAAACCUCGCUGCUGCAAGCUCACGAAAACUCGAGGUCGCGGGUAUUCUGAAAUCAUUGAGCAGAAAGGGCGCUGAGCCCGCCGAUGCACCCGAGCAAGAACAUCCGCAAGGCCCAUUCGAGCCCCUCUUACCAUCCAACCCAUUACUAUCAUUUGUCGAUAGUAGUGUUCCCGACGGGUUUCCGGAGCUUGACGUGCUGCCGCUUCUCUCCAAUGGUCUCGUCAGCCCGGACGACCUUUGGCAGUGGCAGUUGUCGGACUUUCCCCUGCCACCACUCGAUCCUUGGGAUCCUCACUCCAUAGAUGUCCCGUUUGCUACCAUAGGGGACGACCUCCCUGGCGAACUUGGAAUAGGCGUUUCAGACACGUCGACAUUUGCCGACUCUUAUAGUGGUAGUACUCCUGGCACCCGCAUGACCCGCAUAUCCCCUUCGCCUUCUGUGGGAUGAACCUAUGGGACUACCAGCUGGAGAUGGGGACUUCCGUCUACGUCCCGCGCAGCCGAUGCCUACCUUGCCACCGCAUUAUUGUACGGGCAAUGAGCUGGAAAGCAGUAGUAGCAUUGAUCUAUGACAUAAUGUCGGCUUGAUUCCAGACUACGCAAUACACCAACAAUAACGCCUUCAGCAUGGCUACUACUUCAUGAUUCAUCUGCCGCUGCUUGUAUAAAAAGUGUUAUAACGAUCGCAUCGUGCUUAAGCAGCU